AUGAUUCCUUCAUUUGCAUUACUGUUCGUUUCUGGCCUUGUGCAGUUUGUUGCCGCCAAGGAUGUCUACCUCCAGUGGGAUGUUACUUGGGUCAAUGCUGCCCCGGAUAGCUAUGAAAGGCCGGUAAUUGGUAUUAAUAAUGAAUGGCCGUGUCCACAAGUCGAUGUUGAUGUCGGUGACCGGUUGAUUGUGGAUGUGACGAAUAGCCUGGGAAACCAGUCUACUGCUAUUCACUGGCAUGGCAUACAUCAGUAUACUUCCGGUACUAUGGAUGGCGCUUCAGAUGUUUCCCAAUGCCCUAUUCCUCCCGGGUCAACUAUCCGUUACAAUUUUACGCUCGAUCAAGCUGGUACAUAUUGGUAUCAUUCACAUAAUAUGGGACAGUAUCCCGAUGGCUUGCGCGGCCCAUUGAUUGUUCACGAUCCAAGUCCUCCAUUUGAAUGGGAUGAUGAGUUUACAGUCACCUUGACAGACUGGUAUCACCAGGAGAUGCCCGAGCUCCUUGACCAGUAUGAAUCGACCGACAAUGCACAGAGCAACGCUGGGGAUGAACCGGUCCCUGACGUUGCAUUGAUCAAUGACUCGACACAGUCACAGUUCAAAGUCCAACCAGGCAAGACAUACUUGGUCCGCUUCAUCUGCGUUGGAAACUGGCCUGGCCAUGCAUUCUUGUUUGACGACCAUGAAAUGACCGUUGUGGAAAUCGACGGUGUCUGGGUGGAACCCUACCCAGUGGGGGAGAGGAACAUUCGAAUUGCCCCCGGCCAACGUAUGAGUGUUCUCAUCAAGACCAAAGAUGAUGCAAGCAAAAACUAUGCUUUCUGGGAUACCAUUGACAUCAAUAUGAUGUUCGUUUACGAGAACAAGCCCAUCCCGGAACACUAUAACCCUAAUGCUACUGCAUGGCUCGUGUAUGAUGAGUCUUUGCCGCUACCACCGCCUCCAGUUAUCAAUGAGUUUGACUUUAUUGAUGACUUGUCGUUUGUGCCAUAUGAUCGCACGCCACUGCUGGAACCGGUGGAUCAUCAAAUCAUUCUCAAUACUGGUCACACUACCAUCAACGGAAUCAGCCGGUUCACGAUCAAUGGUCGGACCUAUAUGCCCCAACAAGUGCCUACACUUUACACAGCGUUAACCAUCGGCCCGAAGUACUACAACAACCCUGCUGUGUACGGGGACGUGAACCCGAUUAUCCUCAAGCAUAACGACGUCGUAGAAAUUGUGAUUAACAACUACCACAAUAACCUUCACCCGUGGCACUUGCACGGCCAUCAGUUUCAGGUUCUACAACGCACUAAUGUUGACGGCGGCUUCUUUAACGGUUAUUACGCGAAUGUCUCUUCCACUCCGGUCAUACGUGACACCAUCAUGGUGCAGAAUAAUGGCCAUGCUGUUAUUCGGUUCCGUGCUGACAAUCCCGGUGUCUGGCUCUUACAUUGCCAUAUUGAAUGGCAUGUUGAAGCCGGAUUUGUGGUUACAAUAAUUGAGGCACCAGACCAAUUUCAAAAUAUGUACAGAUCAAAAGACCAUAUUCGUAUCUGUGAUGCCUAUGGAUCGCCUUCUAGCGGAAACGCGGCAGGAAAGCAGGGAACAAACCUACAGGGAGCAAAUAACUAUAUCUAUCCAGGCGAUUCAGGGGCUUCUUACCCGCCACCUACGUUCCCAUAAAUAAUAUCA